CCCACUACACCAAAACCACCUCUUCUCUUUCCAGAUUAUCACAUUUUGUGCAGAUGCAUGACUCGUCAGCGUUCACCGCUGAAGACAAACAACGCCACCCAUACAUUUCAUCUGUUCUCGAACCCAGCAUGCAGAAAGUGGUCGCCACUGCUGCGGUUCGAAUCUACUACGCACCUUUCAAUAAUCCUCAUUUAAACUGGAGCUUUUCCAAGCUCAAAGGAAUUUUGGUCUUCGGACGCGACCGAGACACACACCAUGGCACGUCUCCUCCGAAGCGAGGCGGACAUGGUAUGCGUCUCAAGGAGAAAUACUGGUUUCGCCUCGUUGACAUGAAGACCGACCGUGUGGUUUGGACAUUUUCCAUCCCCGAGGUCUUCGAGUACACGAAAGACAAGCCUUUCUUUCACUAUUUCUCCGGAACUAGUCGCAUGUUCGGAUUUUGUUUCGAUGAAGACGAAGAAGCAAGUGUCUUCUACAAAAAAGUCUCGGAUCGGACGCGGCACCAUUUCUUCCAGCCUUUCCUCUUCAAAUCUAACAAGAAGGACAAGAAAGAAAAGAAAGAAAAGCAGAAGGUGCCCAAAUCUUCUUCAGUGAGCCCUCGGAUAAUCUCCAGCCCCGCGCCCCACUCCUUUGUCCAUGUGGCCCAUGUCGGAAUCUCCACUCGGGGCAUCAUUGAAUCUUCCAGGAAUAUCAAGCCCGCCUGGUCGACGCUGAUGGCAGACCUUCAGGGUUGUGGGGUGGCGCCCGGGCCUGAGAUCGUCAAAGACGAUAAAGAUUUUGUGGAAGGGUUUCUUGCCGGUGCUAAGGCAAUGACGGACAAACCAGCGGCUGCGCAGCCCCAGCCAACUUCAACUUCCCCACCACCACCGGAAAAGCGCAAAAUCCGACGAAAAGCUGUCACCAUUCUGUAACGCAUCCUUUUGUUCCAUUUUUGCAGUCAUCUCAUGGCAAUCCUGAGUCUUUCCUAUCGUACUUUUGACUUGCUAAUACUUUUGCUUCUUGAAUGAUGGUCUAUGUAUUGUUUCUUGUAUGUCAUCGACCGCAUAUUAUUGGCACUGUG